ACGGGGAAGUCCCCAUAAGGUGAGAGCGCGGGCUCUUUCCUUUCCCCAGAACCCAGAGGUUCUCGGGCGCGCUCUGAGUUCGGUGUCCAUCCCGGUCCCUCCGGCCUAGCCCGUCCGCCCCGCGCGCAGCUCGCAUCCUGCAGACCCAAGGUUUGCAACCCAAAGUUGGGGACUGAGCUCCCCGGAGGUCUGCAGCACAGUUCCCGCCGGCUGCUUGCGGAGAUGCCUGGGAAGAAAGCGCGUAAGAACGCGCAGCCGAGCCCUCCGCGGGCCCCGGCAGAGCUUGAAGUUGAGUGUGCCAUUCAAUUCAGGAGAAUUGGAGACAAGCUGAAUUUACGGCAGAAACUUCUGAAUCUGAUAUCCAAACUCUUCCACUCGGGAACCUGACUGUUUCAGAAGCCUUCUAAUGAGGAGACUCCUUUAAAAUGAGAUUAUCCAGUAGAUGCAUAUUUCAUCAGUUAGAAGAGAGACUGCCUUAUGAUGGAGAAGAAUGUGAAGGAUCUCUCACUUGCUUUUGGAUGCCCUUGGAAGUGAAGAUGGAAUGCAUCGCAAUGAAUUUCUGUUGGAGGUUUUCCAGAAGUCAUUCUCUGGGAUGUGAGAACAUUAUAAAAGUACUUUGUUUAUUUUAAAGCAAAAAUCAAAGAGCUUUGAAAAUGCGGAAUGAAUUAUUUAUACAUUUUGUUUCUGCUUAGAGAAUUCUAGUAUUUUUUUUGCUGAAGGUUGCUGCCCAGUGUAAGAAGAAUUAACAAAUGAUUAGAAUGUGGGAGGGGGCCAGGAAACAGAAUAUGGUCAGUGUUUAUUUCUACUUUGGGAUGACAAUUCCAAAAUGUUGUAUAAUAUUUGGUUUAUAUUAUUAUCUUGUUAAAAGUAAAAACCAUCUGAGAACACUGAAUGUCAUAGUGAAUGUAUAUUUCAUAGGUCACUACAAAGUAUAAAAUAAUUUGAUAAUUUGUUUCUUUUGACUUUAAAAUGUGUUACUUCUGUUUAGAUAGCCUUUUUCACUAAAUGUGUCCCUGAGGCAUACUUAACCGGGAAGUAUGUUCUUUGAAAAAAUUUGAUAGACAUAUAAGAGUGUCACUUGGUGCCAGUAAAAUUCUUGGGGGUUGAAUAUUAAAAGGUAAAGAGAGAGGGGAUUUUUCAAAACCAGGAAUAAUAAAAAUGAAUUCAACUUUUUACUGCUGUAAUUAAAACAUAGUAAAACAAAUAUUCUAAAGUAACUUUAAGAAAAUGAAUGUGUUUCCAAAGAAGUUUCUAAAAUCUAAAUGCCUUUUCUCAUGCUAGUCUAUGUGUAUCCUGUAAAAGUGAUAUUUUAAGAGAAAUUAAGCAUGUUUUCAUAAUUGGAGUAACUUAAAAAAAAAAAAGAGGAACAGAUUGCUCAUCUGGAAUGAAAAUCUCAUUUAUAUACAAAAAUAUAAAAUUUGCAUUAGAGUAAUAACGUAGAUUCUGAGAAAGGUUUUGUGCAUUUUUUUUAAAAGGCCAGGCUAUCAAAAAAGUCCCUCAAAAUAUAUUUAAAAAGUCAUUAAAUUUCAAUGAGAAUAAUCUUAUUUAUUUUACCUAUUUAUAAUUAAAAUAUUUUUUGUUUGGUUAAAAAAUGUAUAUUAGUUACAGUUACAGUUAGAUUAUGAGACAAAGGGUUUAUAACUACUUGAACUCUUACAGUAAGAAUGUUUUAAUAUAGACUUUAGUCACUUUAGAUAAAAAAAUUACCUCAGCAUCUUUUUUUCUUCAGUAUUAAGACUGUUAGUUUAUUUAGUUGCAAAGAUUUUGUUCAUGUGUAUGCCUAAAGGCCAAUGUUUCACCAUGUGGAUAUUUAUGGUCUAUAACUGUAUUUAUACGUGUAUAUAUACAUAUAAAAUGAUACUGUAGUUGUAAGCUAUUAAAAAUUAUCACCAUUA